GAACGAUGUGGGUUUUAGAAAUCCUGACAUGAUAACACCUAAUAUAGAUCAAUUAGCUAAUGAAGGUGUUAUAUUUGAUUCAGCCUAUGUUUUACCUGUUUGUAGUCCUUCUAGGUCGGCCUUUAUGUCCGGUGUCUAUCCAUUCAAGACUGGACUGCAGCACUAUGUGAUUGGAGCUUACCAAAAUGUCUGUCUUCCUUUAAAUCUAACUAUAUUACCCCAACAGAUGAAAAAAUCUGGAUAUGCUACUCAUAUGAUAGGGAAAUGGCACCUUGGAUUCUGUAACUGGAACUGUACGCCAACCUAUCGUGGUUUUGAUUCUUAUUUAGGUUACUACAACGCAGCUGAGGACUAUUACAAGCAUAACGUUGCUGGGUUUUACGAUCUGCAUGACAAUGAAACAACAGCUUGGGAUUUUAAUGGAAAAUAUUCAACGUACUUUUUCACUGAGAGAGCUCAAGAGAUAAUCGCCAAUCAUAAUGCAGAACAACCGUUAUUCCUGUAUUUACCAUUCCAGAAUGUGCAUGAACCAAUAGAGGUUCCUGAAAAGUAUGCAAAUAUGUAUCCACAUGUUAUGAAUCAUGGAAGAAAAUAUUUUUCUGGUAUGGUAACUAUAUUAGAUGAAGCUAUUGGUAAUAUAACACAAACACUUAAAGAUAAAGGACUAUAUGAAGAUACACUUAUAUUAUUUACUGCUGAUAAUGGUGCCGAAUUAUUGUAUUAUGGAAAUAACUGGCCCUUACGGGGAGGAAAACAUAGCUUGUGGGAAGGUGGGACAAGAGGAACAUCUUUUAUGACUGGUGCAGGAUUGCAAAAGAUAGGUAUUACAUACAGUGGCUUAAUUCAUGCUGUUGACUGGAUGCCGACUUUGAUUGCGGCAGCAGGUGGUGAGCAAGUACCCGGUAUAGAUGGAAUCAACCAAUGGGAUUCAAUUAGACUAAAUCAACCUUCUAAAAGAACAGAAUUUAUUUAUAAUUUAGAUGAUUUUUAUAUUCCAACACAAGGGCAUGCUGCAAUGCGGUAUGGUAUUUGUUUGAUAUUCUGA